AGUUGCCGACGAGCUGCCGAGGGGGCGUUGUCGGAAUGGUUCCGAGGCGGUUGGAGUCCUGCAGUUGACACCAGUUUGACGAGAACGAGUGUCAAGGAGGCGGCCGGGCGAGAGCGGCCUCCGUGGGUCUCAUGGUCUAGUAUGGACCCUGUUGCUAUUCAUAGCUGCCACCUCCUCCAGCAGCUGCGAGAGCAGCGGAUCCAGGGCCUGCUUUGUGACUGCAUGCUGGUGGUGAGGGGCGUGUGCUUCAAAGCACACAAGAAUGUGCUGGCAGCCUUCAGCCAGUAUUUCAGGAGUCUUUUUCAGAACUCUUCCAGCCAGAAGAAUGACAUCUUUCACCUGGACGUUAAAAACGUCAGUGGCAUCGGGCAGAUCCUGGACUUCAUGUACACGUCGCGCCUCGACCUUAACCAGGACAACAUUCAGGUGAUGCUGGACACAGCGCAGUGUUUGCAAGUGCAGAACGUUCUGAAUCUGUGCCACACGUUUCUGAAGUCGGCCUCCGCGGCACCGCUGCCAGGCUUGCCUUGUGCUGGCGGUUUCUCCCUGCAGGGUGUGAGUCUGGACGGCACCUGCGCGGCGGCGAGUGAGCACUACCCCCCUCACUCACUGCAGGACUGCCCUAUGGAAGGCCCGCGGGCUAAAGACGUGUCCAGAGGGAAUCCCCGUGCUCCACCAGCAGAUUUCGGUCGUCCCACAGGAGAAGGGUCAAAACCAGCUGCCGCAAGUGGCAGCUGCCCAGAGGCGCCCCGCAAACAGCCCAACUGCUAUUACAAACUCAGAACACUGUACAGCAAGCAGUACUACAAGCAAACUGCCUGCCCCAGUCCGGUGCCUGCCACAGAGCAGCCGCCCACUCCCCGUGCCUCCACAGACCUCGCUGCAGCAGACUCACAGCCGCCUGUGGAGGGCCGUGCAGGGGUCCCGGAGUCUCCAGAGCACUUGGCUUCCACUGUUGUGGCUCCACCGGUCAGGAGCUCUGGCAUCGACUCAGAGGCAGACACCCUUUCUCAGCCACCUGCCAAGCAGAUGAGGCUGAAGAAGGCCAUGCACCUGAAGAAACUAAACUUUCUUAAGUCACAGCAGUCAGCUGAGUGCACUUCACAUCCUCAGUCAGAUAAUGUGUUAGUCAGGGGGGAGGAAUCUGCUGCUAAGGAAGAUGCAGGGGAAAGAGCCGGAAGCCAGACAACUGAAGACAAAGGGAGGGAAGAACUGGGUCCAGAGAGCAGCCGCGAGGUGGAGAUGCCAGGAGCCCCAGCUUCCUGGGAAGACCCGUCCCAGGCCCUCCAGUCCCAGAAACAGUAUGCGUGUGAAUUGUGUGGGAAGCCUUUUAAACACCCAAGCAAUCUGGAGCUGCACAAACGGUCUCAUACAGGUGAGAAACCUUUUGAAUGUAACAUUUGUGGGAAACACUUCUCUCAGGCAGGCAACCUUCAGACUCACUUACGCCGGCACUCUGGGGAGAAGCCAUACAUCUGUGAAAUCUGUGGAAAGAGGUUUGCAGCCUCUGGUGACGUCCAGCGCCACAUCAUCAUUCACUCUGGAGAGAAGCCACACUUGUGUGACACAUGCGGCCGAGGGUUCAGCAACUUCAGUAAUUUGAAAGAGCACAAAAAGACGCACACAGCUGACAAGGUGUUCACCUGUGAUGAGUGUGGGAAGUCCUUCAACAUGCAGAGGAAGCUGGUGAAGCACCGUGUGCGGCACACGGGAGAGCGGCCAUACAGCUGCCCUGCCUGUGGUAUCCCACGGGCUUAACUGCGGUGUCUUAAUGUAUUGCAUGGAAACCUGAUCAACCACUGAGCCGAAGACAUGAUGAGGCCCUUGUUGCCAGGUAAACAGCAGCCUCGAGCCUAGGGUGCACACUUGUUGUGAUUCUCGGCUCCAGCCUUGCACACCCAGGGCCUCCAUGAGACCCUCUAAGACCCUUAACAGCUCCAAUGAAGACCACUGAGCUAGGGAAGAAGAGAAAGCUAGAAAUGACUUGUUAAUCAUGUCUGCUACAUGGACUCCAGGGCUUCGCCCACAGAAGUUUCUCUCUCUCUCUCUCUCUCUCUCUCUCUCUCUCUCUCUCUCUCUCUCUGUGUGUGUGUGUGUGUGUGUGUGUGUGUGUGUGUGUGUGUGUGUGGUCAACCUCAGAUGUCUUCUUCAACUGCUUUUCACACUAUUUGAGUCAGGGUCUCUCAGUGAACCUAGAGUUCAUCAAUCCAGCCAGACUAGCUGGCCUGCAAGCUUCCAUGAUCCUUCUGUGUCAGCCUCUUCAAUACAAGGAUUACACAUGUACAUAGCUAUACCUAGCCUUUAUCUUGAGAGCUGGGGAUCUGAACUCUGAUCUUCAGGCUUAUGCAGCAACACAACUGAGACAUCUCCCUGGCUCCUGUAGGGUUAUUUAUAAAGAUUACCUCGCUCUAAGAAGACUGGGCAUUCAAAUGCAUUUACAUAUACAAACCUAUGUAUUUGUAAAAUAGCCACUGGGCCGAGACAAAGAGGCACGAGACAUAGUUCCCACAUGGAAAUAUGCAGUGGGGGAGGGGCCAGCAUAUAUGACUUAGAAAGACUGGAGUUCUAAUGCCAGAAGUGAGGAGAAAGACCUGGAACAGAUCUUUCCUUAGAUCCUUGGAGGAAACGCAGCCCUGCUGACGCCCAGAUCUAACUUCUAGCCUCUAGCACUAUGGGACAACCAAUUGCAGUUGUGCAGUCUCCUUGGUUUGUGGAGUGUUGUUACUGUAUCCCUAGCAAACUAAUACACAGAUGCUCCUGCCGUUCACACACAGGAGCUCUGUCUUCAGCUGGGAGAUUCCUGGUGGCCAAAGCAACUAGGGAGUCUGUUACUAGGCUCCACACUUCAGGCAGGCCAAGCCAGCCAUUUCCACAGAACUGACAGGUUCAUGCGUUUAGCCCAGUGAUGGAGAUCCAGGUGGUGCUUUAAAAUAACGUCCCCUGGCACUUAUCUCUGUUUUAAACUUUCAUCACUAAUGUUUUUCCCCAUAAAAAUCAUCACCUUGGAAACCAAUAGGCAAGAGAGAUCUGCCCCUCCAGCCCUGUGGUUUUAAACUCUUACAACCUCUUCCAGAAGCUGGUGUCCACUUUCAUGGUAGAGAAAUCACUAAUAGGGGAAUGCAUGGGCUGUGGGUUCCAGCCAAGCCACAGGCCAGGCCGCUCUGUUUCCCAGGCAUGUGCUAUGGGAACUAUCCCCAGAGCUGGCCACAGACCAGGGAGAAGCCAUUCUUGGCUAUGGGUUGACCUUCCCCCUUGGCUAAGAGGAACCCCCCCAACACACACACACACACACACACACACACACACACACACACACACACACACCAGUGUUCUUUUUCCUCCAUCUUGUAAUGGGAGUCCUGGGAGAGUGCUUGCCCUCUCUAAUCCUGGCUGGCUUCCUCUGAGAAAGCUUGCUGGGCUUAUGUGACUGGUGUUGCAGGCAGAUCUGUUUCAGUUGCAGUGUUUCCUCACUGAGCUGUGGUGGGUUUCAGGAACUUCCUGAAACCCCCCCCCACAACAUACACACACACACACACUCUAUCUAGUAGCCCUUUCCAGCCUGACUGACUGCACCGGAAAAGGGCCUGGACAUCUCCAUACUAAAUUGCCUCAACAGUCAUCUUGAGGGUAUGUGCUAGAAUGCCUAACCUGUGGUAGGCCUCCAGAUUUUGGUUCUCAUACCACCUUGUGGGUUUUCUCAGGCAAAAAGCAGAACUAUUUAUCACCUUUUUGUGUGCAUGCAUACAUGUCUACAUAUAUGUGUGUGCAUGUUUGUCUGUGUGCACAGGUCCUGAUGCACACGUGUGUGUGUUCGUGUGGAGGCCUGAGGACAACCUUUUUUGGCAGUGUGAUGGUUUGAAUGAGAAUGGACUCCAUAGGCUCAUAUGUUUGAAUAAUUGGUCCACCUAGUUGGUGGACCUGUUUGGAAGGGAUUAGGAGGUGUGGCUUCAUUGGAGGAGGUAUGCCACUGGGGUGGACUUUGAGGCUUCAAAAGCCAAUGCAACUCCCAGUGAGCUCUCUGCUUCCCAUUUGUGAGCUGUCAGCUGCUCCAGCACCAUGCCUGCCUCUUACCAUGCUCCUCACUAUGAUGGUAAUGGACCCAAACCCUCUGGAACUGUAAACCUCAAAUAAACCCUUCGUUUUAUAAGUUUACUUGGCCAUGGUGCUUUCUCACAGCAAUAAAAACCUAAGACAGACAGGGUCUCUCACUGGCUUGGAACUUGCCAGGUAGGCCAGGCUGGUUGACCAGGAGUCUCAGGAUUCACCUCUCUCUGCCUCCUUAGUACUGGAUGACAACUUCAUAUCGCCAUGUUCAGCUGCUGCUUCCUUCCUUCCUUCCUUUCUUCCUUCUUUUUCUUUCUUCUUCCUCCUCUUCUUCCUCUUCUUCCUCUUCCUCCUUCUCCUCCUAAUGUGGGUUCUUGGAAUUGAACUCAGAUUCUUGUGCUUGAGGUUGAACUCAGAAAGUUGUACAAACAAACAUGUUACCAGCUGAGCUAUUUCCAGUUGGCAAAUCUUUAAGCUUCUAUGUCUCUGUGUCUCUUGUCUGUCUCUGUCUCUGUCUCUCUUUCUCUCUCUGUCGCAGGUGUCAGUGUGAAUAUCACUUGUUUCCUUGAUCAUUUAGAACAUUCAGAACAGCAAUUCUGAGAAGAUGCACAGUGGUUACGCAUGUGUCCUCUGGUUCUCUUCUUUGCCACUUUCAUCAGAUGGUUGGGAACAGGCUGUCUGUCCUCUCCCACAGGAGGAUGCAGUCACAUCUUACCCCAUGGAAGGGGUAAGAAGGACUAAGGUGCUAUGAUCACUCAGGUUUACCCAGGGUCUGUUCAAAAACACCAGCUGGACACUCCAGCCUUUGAAUGCCUCAUUGGAUGUGUCCUUUUGUCAGUGACCUGGGUUCUCUGGCCUCUCUUACCUCACUGCUGCACUAUCUUAUGAAUUCAGCUGGAUGCCCACUUCCUGGAGUGCUGGAGUUGAAGGCAUGGCCUUCAUGGUAAGUAGAUAUGAAUGAGUAGAUAUGAAUAUGUAGAGCUACCAGACCUGGGACAUUUCAGACAAAGAAGUGUGUGUACAUGUGCCUAUAUGCAUAUACAACUGGAAGAGGACCUCAGGUACUGUCCCUUAUCGGCCACUGAGGUGGUGUGAAAAGGAAUGGCCCCCAUAGACUCAUGUGUUUGAAUGCUUAGCCCAUAGACUAAGCAUUGUUAGGAGGUGUGGUCUUGCUAGAGUAGGUGUGUCCUUGUUGGAGGAAGAGUCUCGCCGUGGGGGUGGGCUUUGAGGUCUCUUAUGCUCAAGCUAUAUCCAGUGUGGCACACAACCCCCUUCUGCUGCCUGAAGGUCUCAGCUCCUUCUCCAGUGCCACGUCUGCCUGCCUGCAUGAUUCCUGCAUGAAGCUACUGGACUAAACUCCAAAACUGUAAGCCAGCCCUAACUAAAUGCCUUUCUUUAUAAGAGUUGCCUUGGUCACAGUGUCUCUUCACAGCAAUAAAACCUUAACUAA